AUGGCGACUGUUCGACAAAUCCAAAACGUUGCGAAUCUGAUCUCAUCUAUACAAGUACUAGACGGAACGGACUCUUGUCUUGACGACGUUCUCGGUUUUCAAAACAAGCUUGACAUCGUAAAAGGGACGCUCCCUUGCCCCAAAGAGGCUUCAAAGACAGAACCUUCAGCGACUCGGUCUGUCAAAUACACUAAAGGCUACAGCCCUAGCGACAUCACCACGGACUGGGAUGCGCUUUCCGAUCUUGCCUGCUACACUAUUCGAUUGACCUUAUCGAAUCCGUUAGCUCAACGUUAUUGCAAGGGCUUGUCGGAUGAGACUUCACGAGGCCUCUGGAAUGCUAGACACAAUCCAAACGAGGUCAUAGCAUUAUGGAUUGGCCAGAUCCGGGUUGCCGCCGACAAUCUACUUUCUAUUGAAGAACUCCCGACCGACCGACAAAUUGCCGAUCGACUUGUCGGAGGUCUUGAUCCUACUUGGUCUAAUGUCCGCGAUUCAAUUGUCUACACGGCGACGGAGAUGUCACUCGACAAUGUUAUUGGAGCGCUAGAGGCUCACGAAGUAAGCUUGAACGGUACCAAGGCCCACGAUGUCAUCUCCGCCGCUUCUGCGUCUACUAAACGAAUUGCGUGCUCCACCUGCGGCAAGCAAGGUCAUAAAUCGUCUGAUUGCUACCAAAAUAAGAACAAAGGCAAGGCCAAAGCCGGAGCGGUCACCACGGUCCAAUUAGGCGGUUACGAUUCUGGAUCCUUUGACGAUGAAGAUGAAAUUGGUGUGAUUUAUGAGUAA